AUGCUCCGGGCCCUUUUGCUGCUUCUGCUCCUGCUGCUGGGGAGUAGCGCUUGUCCGGAGGAGUGUCAAUGCUCCUCAAAUACCGUAUCAUGCACCGGCAAAAAAUUGACCCGAAUCCCGGCCGGCAUCCCCGAACAUACACAAAGAUUAGAUUUACAAGAAAACAAGAUCACUAUCAUCCGGAAAGAUGACCUCAGUCAUCUACAUCAGCUGCGGAUACUCCAAAUCAUGGACAACGAAAUUCACACCAUCGAGCCGAUGGCGUUCGACAAUUUGACGCUGCUUGAGAGAAUAGACCUCUCCGAGAAUCGGCUCGCCAUCAUCACCAAUGAACACCUGCGUGGGCCGACCGCCAUGCGGAACCUGCAACUCGAUCGGAAUGCACUAUUCUGCAUGGAGACCGACGUAAUGUCAUCUUGGCAAUCGCUCGAAGUGCUCGCCAUCAAUGGAAAUAAUUUGACCACGCUGCCGGAAUUUUCGGUCCCAGAAUCGAUGCGCGCGAUCCGCCUAGCCGAUAACCCCUGGCUCUGUGAUUGCCGAAUGUCUUGGGUGCAUCAGGAGAUGAACCCGCAGUGGCAGUCGGCCAUCAAGUGCUAUCGACCAGCCCUCCUGAACGGUCGUUUCUUACCCUCACUUCGCGAUGACGAGCUGAAAUGCUCAGGGAUCGAGAAGCGAGCGUCGUUCAGUUGCGCAGACACCCGCAUCUGCCCCAUCUCAUGCACUUGUACGGAGAGUACGGUGGAUUGCAGAGAUCGGGGCCUUACCCAUAUACCGUCAAAUCUUCCAAAGUCGACGCAGGAACUGCGUCUCGAGCAAAACAAGAUCACUUUCAUCCCGGCCAAGGCUUUCCAUGAUCUCCCUCAUCUUCGCCGACUUGACUUGAGUCAGAAUCAAAUCGUCGAAAUCGCCCCGAACGCUUUUUCAGGACUGGAAAAGUUGAAUUCAUUGGUCCUCUAUGGUAACUACCUCCAAUCUCUUCACGAAGAAGCUUUUAACGGGCUUUCCUCGCUGCAACUCCUCCUGCUCAACGCGAAUCAGCUCACUUGUCUCCGAAAAGGCUCAAUGACGCCACUCAAAAAUUUGAAUCUGCUCUCGCUCUACGACAAUAGAAUCCGCUCGAUCGCCAAUGGCACAUUCGGAGCCUUGGAGAAGUUGCAGACAUUGCAUUUGGCUAAGAACCCGUUGAUUUGUGAUUGUAAUUUGGAAUGGUUAGCAAAUUUGCUGAACGCACGAAAAAUGGAAACCUCGGGUGCGAGGUGCGAGGCGCCGAAGCGGUUGGCAAAGAAGCGUUUUAUUUUGGGCUCGGAGAUGUUCGCUACGGAUCGGGCUGGGGAAUGCAUGAUCGACCACGAUUGCCCGGUGGAAUGUGCUUGCAGCGGAACUGUCGUUGAUUGCAGCAAACGGUCACUAACAUCAGCGCCGGACAACAUUCCCCAGUUCACCACUGAACUUCUCCUGAACGGCAACCAUAUCACGAAGCUUGGCGACAAUGCCCUCGAUCUACCGAAUCUUAAUAGAAUCGAUUUGUCCGACAAUCAGCUAAUUGGCAUCCCUAUUGACAGCUUCUCCAAGAUGCCGCAGAUCUCGCAAAUUGAUCUUUCGAAUAACCAUCUGAAGUGCCUAGCGGAGAGGGCUUUUUCGUCCUUGAAAAAGCUGGAAUCACUGAUUCUGGCCGGAAAUAACUUCACCUGUGGUUGUCAUCUAUUGUCUUUUGUCGAGUGGUCUCGUGAAAAACCGGCGCUGAUGAUCGAGAAAGCCAGCUGUCGAACCGGGGAUCAAUCGACGAAGUUUGUUGAUAUUGAUGCGGAAGCGAUUUCUUGUGAAGGCGUUCGGGACGAAUGUGCUGAUGAUGGGAAUUACUGUCCACAGGGGUGUACUUGUAAAGACACUAUUGUCAGAUGCUCCGGCCAAAACCACACCUCGAUCCCAUCGGGCGUCCCGAUCGCCACCACCGAGCUGCUCCUAGACUCGAACCUCAUCACCAAGCUCGACCCACGCAAGCUGGCCGGCCUCGUGAAUUUGGUCAAGCUAGAUCUCUCGAAUAACCGUAUCAACUCGGUCGAAAACGACACCUUCCAAGGGUUGCCCCGACUCUCGACGCUUAUCCUUAGCUACAACAAGAUCCAAUGUCUAGCCGAACGGGCCUUCGGAGGAAUGUCUACCCUUCGGAUUCUGUCGCUGCAUGGCAAUGACAUCUCCAUCUUGCCACAAACCGCUUUUGAGGGCAUGGAAAAUAUUACACACAUAGCACUUGGCAGCAACUCGCUCUACUGUGACUGCAAUAUCCUCUGGUUUUCGAAGUGGAUCAAACAAAAGUACAUAGAGGCCGGCAUCGCUAGGUGCGAAAGCCCAACGGCACUAAGAAACCAAUUGCUACUGACGGCACAGCAGAAUCAGUUGCUCUGCACCGAAUCCACCCCACCCAGGAUACUAUCAAAAUGCGACCCCUGCGUGCAGCAUAAAUGUGAAAAUAAAGCGUCGUGCCAGCGGAAGAGCAGCGCCGAAUAUUCAUGCUCGUGCGCGGCGGGAUACUACGGGGAGAGGUGCGAAAAGGAAAUUGAUGCUUGUUUCGGGCAUCCCUGCAUGAAUAACGCUACCUGCAAGGUCACCGAAAAAGGGCGCUUCUCCUGCGUGUGCAAGAAGGGCUUCAACGGCCAAUUUUGUCAAACGAACAUCGAUGACUGCGCGCAAAACAAAUGUCAAAAUGGUGGCAAAUGCGUGGAUCUGAUCAACACCUAUCGCUGUGAAUGCAACGAAUUAUUCGCUGGGAAAUAUUGCGAGGAGAAGCUGGAGUACUGCUCGAAGAAGCUGAACCCAUGCAAAAAUACAGGUGCUUGCAGCGCCACGAACGGAACCUACAAGUGCACGUGUCUGCCUGGUUUUUAUGGCAAAGACUGUGAAACCAAUAUUGAUGACUGUGUCGGGAAA